UUCUCUUUUGUUUUCUCGACCAAAGAAUGAUAAUAUUCUUUUCUGCUUUGACGUGACAAUAAUAUAACAGAACGACAUAGAAAACCACCGAAAUGACACGUCGUGUUUCAUCAAUCAAGCGUGAAAAGUAAGGGGUUCGCAAUGAGCACGUGCAUUUUUAUAAAUUGACCCCUCUUUCAGAAUUAUUCUACUUGUUCCCAGGAAUCUUACCUCAGCCUCUGGCAGCCAUUUUUAUUUGUCCAUGUCGUAAACAUUCGUAAAACGUACGCUGUUUUAUAAUUUCAAUUCUAUGAAACUUUAAAUCACACAAUGUUUUCGAAAAACUUAGGAAACGAAGGAAAAUUAAAAGUCAGUAGCCGCAGAUGUUUGCUACGCCAAAAUGACCCACGAGACGAAUAUUUGGGGGACAUCUUCUAUCGAACUGCGCCAAUCCCGCAAUGGCGCGCUCUAGAUCAGACACGGAGAACACAACACAAUGUCCCGGCCAGGGCUCGAACCCGAACCGCUCGCUCCAGAGUCGAGCGCACUAACCAUGAGGCCACCGCGCCUCCCACACUUUAACUUUGAGGUUGACCCUAGUUUACAUUUACUUUUCCCGCAGUACGAUCCGUUUGUUGUAUUCACUUCUAUGGAAUUGUCUCUUGUUACUUCAGGUUACACUUGUAGACGAAGAAGGCUGUGUGUUCAUUAAGUGGGUGGACAGAACAGUUUCUAAAGUUAAACCUCAAGAGCUGUACAAAGUUGACACUGAGGAAGAUGGUCAUUUGUCGACAGACGGCUCCACAGUUGCGUCAGAUGAUGAAUGGGAGACAGCGAGUGGAGAAAGCACAGAGGAAGAACCGCCUGCUGACAUCAUGGAUCACGUGCCAAGGAGCGGUUCCAUAGCUAGUGACGAAGGAACAGAGAAUGUUGACAGAGAAGCUCUACAGGAAGCUAACAACAGAAUCAAUGAAAUUAUGUCAAAUACGAAUCCUGCUUUCAUGACGUUUGACAAUGUUCCUGAAGACCAUGUCUACUUUUUCUCAACGUUUCAAGCACAAAAUCCUGGUCGCUUUCUGUCAUGCCUGAGAAAAGAAAUGGCCUUGCUGAUGUUUUCACUUCCGAGUGGAAUCAUAGUCAGGGGAUAUGAAAGUCGGGUGGACAUUCUGAGGGUCAUGAUCACAGGACCUGUGGACACCCCAUACGAACAUGGUCUGUUCGUAUUUGACGUGCGCCUGCCUCCAGAUUACCCGGCCUCUCCCCCUGUGUUCUUUUACUUGUCGCAGUGUUCUGGCCGGUUGAACCCAAACCUUUACGAUGACGGAAAAGUUUGCGUGAGCCUGCUGGGGACCUGGGCCGGGCGUGGAAGUGAGGUGUGGACAUCAAAGUCAAACGUUUUGCAAGUUUUGGUUUCGAUACAAGGCCUAAUCUUGUGUAGUGAACCAUAUUACAACGAGGCCGGGUACGAAAAACAAAGAGGGACAGCCGAGGGACAUGAGAACAGUCGCCUGUACAAUGAAAUGGUAUUACUAAAACUGGUUCAAUCAAUGGAGAAACUUCUCAAAAAACCUCCUACUGGUCUGGAAAAAGAAAUACUACUGCACUUCGCUCAGCAUGGGUCAAGAAUGAUACGGAAAUUCAAGCGUUGGAUCGAGCUGUCCAACGAACAGGCAACUGCUGUGCCAAGCUGUGAUAAUGGCAAUCCUGUUGGCAAUGAUGCCUCGGUUAGUGAACCUCAACCAAUGGAGGAAGGCAGUCUUAAUGAUCUUGCUAGCAGUAGUGACGUCAACGCCAUCGAUAAUGACGUAUUGCAAGACUUGCAAGCGAUGUCAGUACCCGGAUGUCGUAGUGUUGGUGAACGGAAACCCAAGGAAGAGAUUAGCCAAAAUGAACUUGCUUACAGCAACGGCGUCUCUGAAAACGGCGCAGUGAAGGAAGCAAAAGGUCCUGAGACAAGUGGGGCAAGUUAUCUUCAACCCUCUCCGGAAGGGAAGAGUUUGAACGCUGAGAACCAAGGCGCAUGUGCAGGUGCAACGUCAUCUGAAAAGAUUUCCCCGGAUUAUCCUUUGUUCCCACUCUCCCGCGGGUUUUGCCUGAGUCUUGGGAGAGCGUUGGAAAGUUUCCAGACAGCUUUAGAAAAAGCUGGACUCACGGACUGCUCGGAGAAACCAUAACGCCAAGGACAGAUGACUUUAUUUUGUAAAUUACAUUAUAUAAAGUGGAAAGGUUAUCUUGAAAAAAUGUUUUAAAAAGCUAUAUUUAUAUUUUUGGGUGCAGAGUGCAAAUUGAUUUGGAGUUCUUCAGAACUGCGCGGAAGCGAUAUUUUUAUUAUGUUAAUUACUUGAGUGCUUCAACAAGGUAAAUUAAAUUUAUCUGAAGGUUAUCAGAACGAAUUAAAGUGAUCGAAAAUUGUGACACUGUUAUGGCUGAGGUUCAACGAAAUUUGGGAAUAUUCGAUCAGGAUAUGGUACACCUCUGUUAUGCAUUCAUAAUUGUGUAGUGCUUCUGAACAGUGUUGCAGGGAUUUUGUUUUUUUUUUCUGGAUUCAUAGAGCAGCCAUACAGCUGCAACUAUGAACAACGAAUUACUGUCAGUGAGACUUUAUAAAAGUUAUAAUAUAUAUUUUUACGACUCUCUGAGAAAAAAUUUCUUCAUCAAUGGAUUUCUUUAAUUUAUUUCUUGCCUCUAUUUGAAAGCUUUAUUUAAUAAUGCAGAGCUUUAUUUAAUUAACGAGAGCGACUGAGGACUGAUUUAUAUGUUGCAUUUCCGUCACGGAGAAGUCAGUAGAUUAAAUUCGUCUUAGAUACAAGCGCGGAGAAUUUCGCGGCAAAAUUCCACAUCUUUCCCAUUUCAGAUAUUUUUGGUAGAUUGCAUCUCGUUUUGUAGAGCACCUUCUUUAUAGAAGUGGCUUUAACUCAGUAAU